AGGCCUGCGGGCCGGAAGUGGGCCGUGGAGACCGGGAGCGCUGCGGGGCGGGAUGAAGCCGGCUGUAGACGAGAUGUUCCCCGAGGGCGCCGGGCCGUAUGUGGACCUGGACGAGGCCGGAGGCAGCACAGGGCUCCUGAUGGACUUGGCAGCCAAUGAAAAGGCAGUUCACGCGGACUUCUUCAAUGAUUUUGAAGAUCUCUUUGAUGACGACGACAUCCAGUGAGGCGCUUGCGUGGGGCCAAGCCUGUGUGGCGUGGACGAGUGGCUCGGCUCCUCGGGACAGCGCAGUGGUUCUGAAGCGUGUGCCAUAACGCCGGGCAGGAGGAGACGGCUACCCGGGAGGGAGGAGGGAGGAGGGAGGAGGGAGUCAGUGGCGUGGGUGAGCCCGGCUCCUUGCUGUCCGCCCUGCAAUUAAAAGAGGCAAUGCCACCACUCUCA